GCUCUACUCAGCGAAAAACUGGUUCCCAGGCCAGUUGGACUCAUAGUCAUACCAACCUAUAUACUUUGAUUAUCCUAAUUCAUAAUUAAAGUUUAUAAUAACUAUUUUAUUAAUAUUCAUGAUGAUUCGAAACAAGAGCCGUCUCUACGGCGGCUGGCUGGUCGCCAUGAUCACCCUCGUCGAUACACUAUCUUCUUGUUGGUUUGGUUACGACCAGGGGGUAUUCGCUGGUGUUCUAGUUUCCGACAAUUUCAAAGAACAAUUCCCAGAAACUCUCGACGCCGGCAUCUCAGGGAUUACUUCUAGUUCGUUCUUCAUCGGUGCUUUCCUGGGGUCUAUAGUUGCCUUCAUUUUCGGCGACAAGCUUGGUCGUAGGAGAACCAUCAUGUUCGGGUUAACAUUGAACUUGAUCGGAGCAGUUCUUCAAUUCAGCUCCUAUCAUCUACCCCAGAUGCUCAUCGGACGCAUAGUAAACGGGCUAGGUAUAGGAUUAACAUCCACCACAACCCCGGUCUACUUGUCCGAAUGUGUCAAGUCGCAUUAUCGUGGUAGACUUGUUGGACUCGGCGCUGGCUCCAACGUCACGAUGUUUGCGCUGGCGAAUUGGAUCAGCUACGGCCUGUAUUCUCAACACGGAGCAUUCCAGUGGAGGUUCCCUCUUGCUUUCCAGGUCAUCUUUUUCUUUGCUGUAGCACCAUUACUGCUGCUUGUGCCAGAAUCUCCAAGGUGGCUUCUAUUGGCGGGCAAAGAUCAGAAGGCUUUGGAAGUGCUCGCCCAACUUGCUGGUAAAGACAUCCCGAUAGACGACAGGAUUGUAACAGCCGAGUUUCAAUCCAUCAAAGUAGCUAUUGAUCUUGAGAGAGAAGACCGCACACCAAUUUUGGACGUUCUCUGUUUCCGAGACAAGACGCACAACUUCCGUCGUCUGAUACUGUCGUGCGGCUCGCAGUUUAUGCAGCAGUUCAGUGGGAUCAACGCUUUGGGAUUCUAUCUUCCUACUUUGUUGACCCAGACUGUCGGCUUCAACCAAGAAAUGAGCAGACUGAUCGCUGCCGUUAGCGCCACCGUUUAUUUCAUCUCGACGUUUGGAAGUUUAUUCUUCAUUGAUCGUUUAGGUCGCCGAAAGUUAAUGCUGAACACCACAAUCGCAUUGGGUGUCUGCCAUUUGAUUGCGGCUCUUGCCCUGCGACAGAGUGAUAUCGACAUUUCAAGCAGGAAAAUCAUGGGUAACCUGGCGACUGCGAUGUUCAUCGUCUACCACGUCUUCUUUGGGAUAGGUUGGGCCAGCACACCAUGGAUCUACAGCGCCGAGGUAAAUUCUCUGGGUUGGCGUACACGCGGUGCUGCGGCUGCGACGGCGACGAAUUGGUUGUUCGGCUUUGUUGUGACACAGUUCACCAAAGCGGGUGUCGACAAUUUGCAGUGGCGCCUAUAUCUAAUGUUUGCUAUCUUCGCAUUCGCAUUCUUCCCCAUUGUAUUAUUCUUCUACCCGGAGACAUCGAAUCGCACCCUUGAAGACAUGGACCAUAUGUUUAUACAAAACCCAUCUGUCUUCGUAUUUGGAAAGCCAGAGAUGACGCAACGAAUGCGCCCCACAAGCUUCGUCGAUGCGGAGACUCAACGCAUUGGUACAGUUUGAUGGAAUGGAUGGAAAAGAUAAACGGAAUACUGGCAUCUAUACGGUUAUACGGCGGGUCCGAAUAGAGACUACUAGAGAUAGAUAUAGGGGAAAUGAUAAUGAUAAAUGAAUUCGGGAUUCAGGGACCUGUUGUUACCCCCUAGAAUGGAU